AUCAUUCCCUCGCCGUGUCGGGCGAACGACGCUGAGACCUCAACAGUAUCUACAAUACUGUACCUUGCGUUUCCGCCAUCAAAGCCUGCUCCCAUUUGCACUUGAAACAGUUUCCCACUUCUGUGAAUUUCAUAGCGACGCCGCCCGGCAAGAAGAAGACUCUUGUUUCACCCCUAUCUCGCUCAAUUCAAUUCUCUGUAUUUUCUUCCUUCGACUGGGAUUGAUUCCUGCAGCUGAGGAGUAUGAAUGUUAAAGGCGUUGGAGGCGUGGUGGAGUGCAGUGUUUGCCACUCCAAAUUGGGGGUGUCUCCCAAUACGAGGGCGGUGUCCAAGGCGUAUGAUCGGCACCGCAGCGUUGUCUCCUUGAAAACCCGCGCCUUUAACAUUUUGUUGGUCGUCGGUGAUUGUAUCUUGGUGGGCUUGCAGCCUAUACUAGUAUCUAUGUCAAAAGUGGAUGGAAAAUUUAUGUUUAGUCCAGUUAGUGUUAAUUUUUUGACUGAGAUCACGAAAGUUGUCUUUGCUGUGGUGAUGCUCUGUCUCCAGGCUCGACAACAGAAAGCUGGGGAAAAGUCUCUUUUAUCAGUUUCAACAUUCUUCCAGGCAGCUCGCAACAAUGCUCUUCUUGCAGUUCCAGCUCUACUUUAUGCUAUUAAUAACUAUCUGAAAUUCAUUAUGCAGCUAUAUUUUGACCCUGCAACAGUUAAAAUGCUGAGUAAUCUGAAGGUUUUGGUUAUAGCAGUUUUGUUAAAGAUAAUCAUGAGACGACGCUUUUCCAUAAUUCAGUGGGAAGCCCUUGCUCUUUUGCUUAUUGGGAUUAGCGUGAAUCAGCUUCGGUCUCUGCCAGCUGGCACUACAGCUUUAGGUCUUCCGGUAGCAACAGGAGCAUACCUGUAUACACUGAUUUUUGUUACUGUUCCAUCGUUGGCUUCAGUUUACAAUGAGUAUGCUUUGAAGAGCCAGUUUGACACAAGCAUUUAUCUUCAGAAUUUAUUUUUGUAUGGCUAUGGUGCAUUCUUCAAUUUCCUUGGUAUACUUGGAAUUGCCCUUUUCAAAGGGCCUGAUAGCUUGGAUAUCUUACAAGGACACUCAAGGGCCACUAUGCUUUUAAUCUGCAAUAACGCUGCACAAGGGAUCUUGUCCUCUUUCUUCUUCAAAUAUGCUGAUACAAUCCUGAAGAAGUAUUCAUCAACUGUUGCCACAAUUUUUACUGGAAUAGCAUCUGCCUUAUUAUUUGGCCAUACCUUGACUAUGAAUUUUAUCUUAGGAAUCUCUAUUGUGUUUAUCUCAAUGCACCAGUUCUUUUCAUCAUUAUCAAAGGCCAAGGAUGAGAACAAAAAUGGUGAUCUGCAAAUCAUAGAUGCGCAGAAAGACUUCAGGUCAAAGGAUUCAUCCUUUUUAAACAUGAAUGCUGGAGCACAUGAAGAUACUAGCCAUCUCGUUGGACCUGAUGAGAGAGCACCGCUUCUUCCACGCUGAAGUUAUUAUUGGGUUAUAUCAUCAGAGUGACUGGUCAAUUACAGGCAAUUCACUGACCUGAAAAGAAUAUAUA